AUGUCUCAGGCCACCAAGAGGAAACAUGUGGUGAAGGAGGUGCUGGGGGAGCACAUGGUGCCCUCUGACCAGCAGCAGAUCGUGAGGGUCCUCAGGACCCCAGGGAACAAUCUACAUGAGGUGGAGACAGCCCAGGGGCAGCGCUUCUUGGUGAGCAUGCCCUCCAAGUACCGCAAGAACAUCUGGAUCAAGAGAGGGGACUUUCUCAUCGUUGACCCUAUUGAAGAAGGAGAGAAGGUGAAGGCUGAGAUCUCCUUUGUGCUCUGCAAAGACCACGUGCGCUCUCUGCAGAAGGAUGGGCACUGGCCCGAGGCCUUCUCCGAAGUGGCUGAGAAACCCAACAAUAGGAACAGACAGACUCAGCCAGAACUCCCAGCUGAGCCACAGUCGUCAGGAGAAGAGUCCAGCUCUGAAGACGAUUCUGACCUUUUUGUUAACACCAACCGCAGACAGUAUCAUGAGAGCGAGGAGGAGAGUGAAGAGGAGGAGGCGACCUGA